GGGGAGGGGGGGGUUCAGUCGGUCAUUUUUUAGUUUGUUUCGCCGGGAGUUCAAUUUAUGUAAGCACAUUCUGUUUAAUUCGUGUUGCUUUUUCUCAAAGGAAAGGACUGCAUUUUUUUUUUUUUUUUUUAAAGUGGAGGUCGUUAAAGACAAAGUCAAACUGUCUUGAGAAAAAGACGAAAAUCAACCAUGGAGAACGCUCACACAAAGACUGUGGACGAAGUUUAUAACAAUUUCAAUGUGAAUGAAAGCACGGGGUUGAGCCUGGACCAGGUGAAAAAGCUAAGAGAAAAAUGGGGACCGAAUGAGUUACCAGCAGAGGAAGGAAAAUCUGUGUGGGAACUCAUACGUGAACAGUUUGAAGACUUAUUAGUCAGAAUUCUCCUGUUGGCAGCGUGUAUAUCUUUUGUAUUGGCCUGGUUUGAGGAGGGGGAAGAAACAAUCACAGCUUUCGUGGAGCCUUUCGUAAUCUUACUUAUUCUAAUAGCCAAUGCCAUCGUGGGGGUGUGGCAGGAAAGAAAUGCUGAAAAUGCUAUUGAAGCCCUCAAAGAAUAUGAGCCCGAGAUGGGAAAGGUUUACCGGCAGGACAGGAAAAGUGUCCAGAGGAUCAAGGCCAAAGAUCUUGUUCCUGGAGAUAUUGUGGAAGUAGCCGUGGGAGACAAGGUUCCUGCUGAUAUUAGACUGUCUUCAAUCAAAUCCACAACCCUGAGGGUGGACCAAUCUAUCUUGACAGGUGAGUCUGUAUCUGUCAUCAAGCACACUGACCCAGUGCCUGACCCCCGCGCUGUGAACCAAGACAAAAAGAACAUGCUUUUCUGUGGUACCAACAUUGCCGCUGGCAAAGCAGUGGGUGUGGUGAUUGCCACCGGUAUUAACACAGAGAUUGGUAAGAUCCGUGAUGAGAUGGCAGCAACAGAGCAGGAGAGGACUCCCCUGCAGCAGAAGCUGGACGAGUUCGGAGAGCAGCUGUCCAAAGUGAUCACUCUGAUCUGCAUUGCUGUCUGGAUCAUCAACAUCGGGCACUUCAACGACCCCGUGCACGGGGGCUCCUGGAUCCGCGGCGCCGUCUACUACUUCAAGAUUGCCGUGGCCCUGGCUGUGGCUGCCAUCCCCGAGGGGCUGCCCGCCGUCAUUACCACCUGCCUGGCCCUGGGCACCCGCAGGAUGGCCAAGAAGAACGCCAUCGUCCGGAGCCUGCCCUCCGUCGAGACCCUGGGCUGCACCUCCGUCAUCUGCUCUGACAAGACCGGCACGCUCACCACCAACCAGAUGUCUGUGUGCAAGAUGUUCAUUGUUGACAAAGCCGAGGGAGACAGCUGCAAACUGAACGAAUUCAAUAUCACUGGCUCUACAUAUGCACCUGAGGGAGAAGUGUUUAAAGAUGGAAAAUAUGUCAAAAGCUCCCAGUACGAUGGCCUUGUGGAACUGGCAACCAUCUGUGCACUGUGCAAUGAUUCCUCUCUGGAUUACAACGAGGCGAAGGGAGUGUUUGAAAAGGUUGGAGAAGCCACUGAGACUGCCCUGACCUGUUUGGUGGAGAAGAUGAAUGUGUUCGAUACAGAACUGAAGGGACUGUCCAAGGUUGAACGUGCCAACGCCUGCAACUCUGUUAUUAAACAGCUGAUGAAGAAGGAGUUCACCUUGGAGUUUUCCCGUGACAGGAAGUCCAUGUCUGUCUUCUGCACCCCGAACAAGGCCCGCACCACCACCUUGCAGAAGAUGUUUGUCAAGGGAGCCCCAGAGGGGGUGAUUGAAAGAUGCACACACAUCAGAGUUGGAGGCAGUAAGGUUCCCCUGACACCUGGCAUUAAAGAGAAGAUCAUGACUGUGAUCAAGGAGUGGGGUACCGGCAGAGAUACUCUGCGUUGCCUGGCUCUCGCCACCCGAGACAAUCCACCAAGGAAAGAGGACCUUGUGCUGGAGGACUGUACACUCUUCGCUGGGUACGAGAGUGACCUGACCUUUGUGGGUUGUGUGGGUAUGCUGGAUCCCCCGAGAACAGAGGUUGCUGCCUCCAUUAGGCUGUGCAGACUGGCUGGCAUCCGUGUCAUCAUGAUCACUGGAGACAACAAGGGUACGGCUGUGGCAAUCUGCAGGCGCAUCGGCAUCUUCGGAGAGGAUGAAGACGUGUGUGACAAGGCGUUCACAGGCAGAGAGUUUGACGAUCUCUCCCCGAGUGCGCAGGGAGAAGCAGUCAAGAAUGCACGCUGCUUCGCCCGAGUCGAGCCCUCACACAAGUCCAAGAUCGUAGAGUUCCUGCAGUCUUUUGAUGAGAUCACUGCCAUGACUGGUGAUGGUGUGAAUGAUGCUCCUGCCCUGAAGAAGGCUGAGAUCGGUAUUGCAAUGGGCUCGGGCACAGCUGUGGCAAAGUCCGCCUCGGAGAUGGUUCUGGCAGACGACAACUUUUCUACAAUUGUAGCUGCAGUGGAGGAGGGCCGUGCCAUCUAUAACAACAUGAAGCAAUUCAUCCGCUACCUCAUCUCGUCCAACGUGGGAGAGGUCGUCUGUAUUUUCCUCACUGCUGCUCUGGGUUUCCCUGAGGCCCUGAUCCCUGUUCAGCUGCUCUGGGUGAACCUGGUCACUGAUGGACUGCCGGCCACAGCCCUGGGCUUCAACCCCCCUGACUUGGACAUCAUGGACAAGCCUCCCCGCAACGCCCGUGAGCCCCUCAUCAGCGGCUGGCUCUUCUUUAGAUACAUGGCCAUUGGAUGUUAUGUGGGAGCUGCUACAGUUGGUGCUGCAGCCUGGUGGUUUAUUGCUGCUGAAGAUGGACCCAGAGUCACCUUCUACCAGCUGAGCCACUUCUUGCAGUGCAGUCCUGACAAUCCAGAUUUCCAAGAUGUAGAGUGUGCAAUCUUUGAGUCUCCCUACCCAAUGACCAUGGCUCUGUCUGUGCUGGUGACCAUUGAGAUGUGCAAUGCACUGAACAGCUUGUCUGAGAACCAGUCCCUGAUCAGGAUGCCUCCUUGGGAGAAUGUUUGGCUUCUGGGAUCCAUCUGCCUGUCAAUGUCCCUGCAUUUCCUUAUCCUUCAUGUCGAACCACUGCCGAUCAUUUUCCAGAUCACCCCAUUAAACGUCCUUCAGUGGUUGAUGGUGCUAAAGAUCUCCCUCCCAGUAAUCCUCCUGGACGAACUGCUCAAAUUCACUGCCCGCAGCUACCUGGAGCCUGCAAGAGAUGGGUAAUCCCCUCUUUCAUAAACAUUUGCUUCAGUGUGCAUGUGUGUUUUAAGCAGCACAUCUACAAAGACAGCUGCAUGUAUAAUGUGCAAACAACAAAAAAGAUUAAAAAAAAAAAAAAAAAAAAAAAAAAAAAAGUGUUCUAAUAGACAGGACUUAAGAAGCAGCAGCAGAAACUGCAAUACAUCCAGAAGAACUAGGGCAACUCACAAGAGAAACCUACAGUACUAUUGCUGCAUGAAGACCAGCCUUCCUUAGCCUUGAUUCUUAACAGAGGCAAGGAGUUGUCACACCAACUUCUCUACCCUUCACAAUGUGCAAAAUGUCAUAGUUUAUAUAAAUGUACAAUAUAAUUUACAGUAAUGCAUGUCUCCAGUUGUAAGUAGCCAAAACUAUUUUAUCAACUACAAAUGUAUUUAUAAAGCUAUGUACAAUAUUGCUAUCUAUAUGAAAAAAAAAGUGUGUUAAAAACUAAACCUUCAGUCCAUGAUUUCACAACCAGAUAUUUUUCCUAAGGAAAGCUUUUCUUUCAGUGUUUAUUUUUGGUGUGCAAAAUAAUGGAAUAAAAAUUACAUUUUUGCACUGUAAUAAUGUAACUUAAAGAGUAUAACUCAGUAGUUUGGCAGACAUUGGUGCAAUAUAGAACUGUGAUGCAUACAUUGUGAACCAACCUGUGGGUAAGGUUAGCAGCAUGUUUUGACUAUGUAGACUACUGUAAAUAAGAUCAAGCGUUUAUUUCAGCUCUGAUGACUAACAUGCAUCACAUGAAAUUCAUGGUUUCAGGUAAAUAAAACUAUUACACAAGAUUA